AUGCUGUACCUGAGUCAAUCACAGCACGGGGCUGUGCGCGUGUCUUCACCGACACUAUCUUUCGACUUCACGGGUUACCCCGUGAACUCGUAUGAUAGGGACCCCCGCUUUACGGCAGAGUUCUGGCAAUCCGUGUUCCGUUCACUUGGAGAACGUUUGAAGAUGUCGACUUCUGACCAUCUGUUUAUGGAUGGCCAGACGGAACGCGUCAGCCGCGUCCGCGAAUAG